UUUGUUGUUACGUGUAAACUAUUGUUUAUUAACGUGAAAAAUGCCGGCGUUUUUAAAGCAUAUCGAAGUAGAAAAUUUUAAGUCCUACAAAGGGAAACUUAUUAUAGGUCCUUUGAAAUCAUUUACUGCUGUUGUUGGACCAAAUGGUUCUGGAAAGUCCAAUUUUAUGGAUGCAAUCAGUUUUGUUAUGGGAGAAAAAACAAGCAGUUUGCGUGUGAAACGCUUUAGUGAGCUGAUUCAUGGAGCAUCAAUAGGAAUGCCAGUUUCCCGCAGUGCUUCUGUAACUGCUGUAUUUGAACUAGAAGAUGGCAGUGAGAAAAGUUUUAUGCGUUCUGUGCAAGGGUCUUCCUCAGAGCACAGAAUAAACAAUAAUGUUGUCACAAGUCAAGUAUAUUUGAAUGAGUUAGAACAGCUUGGUAUUAAUGUCAAAGCAAAAAAUUUUCUUGUAUUCCAAGGAGCUGUUGAAUCGAUAGCUAUGAAGAAUCCAAAGGAACGAACAGCACUUUUUGAAGAAAUCAGUAAUUCAGGAGCAUUAAAGGCAGAAUAUGAAAGAUUAAGGACAGAAAUGUUAAAAGCAGAAGAAGAAACACAGUUUUCGUAUCAGAAGAAAAAGGGAAUUGCUGCAGAACGGAAAGAAGCAAAACUGGAAAAAGAAGAAGCAGAAAAGUAUCAACGUUUGAAGGAAGAAUAUGUAGAAAAGCAAGUUGAGUUACAAUUGUUUCGUUUGUUUCAUAAUGAAAAAAGCACAGAAAGUUACGAAGUUUCACAGAAAAAGAAGCAACAUGAGAUAGAAAAAAUUGAGAAGAAAAAGGAGAAAGCAGAAGAAUUAUUAAAAGAAAAAAAGAAGGAAGCUGGAAAAUUAGGAAGAGAUCUUGCUAAAAUUGAGCAAGAUAUUAGAGAAGUAGAAGUAGAAAUUACAAAGAAAAGACCCACAUUUAUUAAAGCUAAAGAGCGCGUGGCACAUAUGCAGAAGAAAGUAGAGUCAGCACGGAAAUCUUUAGCUCAAGCACGUAUUGCAGAUGAAGCACAUAAGAAAGAUAUUAAUGAACUUCAAGAGGAAUUACGUCAAGUAGAAGAAGCUAAAGCUGCCUACGAAGCAAGCAUUGCUGGACAAUCACAGUUACAGGGACGAGACGUGCAACUGGAAGAUGAACAGGUUAAGGAGUACAAUCGUUUGAAAGAAGAAGCAGGCAAACAAUCUGCAAGAUAUUUGCAACUUCUUGAUUCCAUUAAUCGAGAACAGAAGUCAGAUCAAGAUAGACUUGACAAUGAAGGUCGAAAGAAAACAGAAAUAGAAAAUAAGCAGAAACAAAAAGGUCAUAUGCGCGACGAAGCCCUAAAAAGAGUAGAAAAACUGGAGGAACAUAUCAAAACAUCCGAAGCUGCGUUGGAGGAUCAGAAAAAAUUGCGAGCUGAUUUGCAAUCAGAUGUCGGUACCUCAAAAGAUAAAAUACAGAAUAUUCAACGAGAAUUAGAAAACAUCUCUGAACAAUUAGGUGAUGCGAAAGUUGAUAAACAUGAAGUAUCAAGAACUAAAAAGAAAACUGAAAUUGUAGAAAACUUUAAACGCCUUUUUCCUGGAGUGUAUGAUCGCAUGUAUAACAUGUGUGAACCUAUUCAUAAGAGGUAUAAUGUUGCAAUUACAAAAGUUCUCGGAAAAUAUAUGGAAGCAAUUGUUGUUGAUACUGAGAAAACAGCUAGACAGUGUAUUCAGUAUCUCAAAGAACAGUAUCUUGAACCAGAAACGUUUCUUCCUCUCGAUUACAUUCAAGCAAAACCAUUGAAAGAAAGACUAAGAAACAUUCAAGAACCCAGAAACGUAAAAUUGUUGUAUGAUGUGUUACAUUUUUCUCCGAAGGAUAUUGACAGAGCAGUAUUGUUUGCAACAAAUAAUGCUCUCGUAUGUGAAACACCUGAAGAUGCGAAUAAAGUAGCUUAUGAAAUGGAUAAGAAAGCAAGAUAUGAUUGUGUUGCAUUAGAUGGGACAUUCUAUCAAAAGGCUGGAAUUAUAUCUGGUGGUAGUUUGGACCUUGCAAAGAAAGCAAAACGGUGGGAUGAAAAACAAAUGUCUCAACUUAAAGCCCAGAAAGAAAAAUUAACAGAAGAAUUACGUGAAUCUUUGAAGAAAUCACGAAAGGAAUCUGAAUUGAAUACAGUUGAAUCUCAAAUACGUGGAUUAGAAACACGGUUAAAAUAUAAUAAAAGUGACUUGGCUGCCACUCAAAAGCAAAUUUCAGAACUUGAGACAGAAUUAGAGGGUCUUCAAAAUGAAUUAAAUAUGUUUGGUCCAGCAAUAACUGCAAUUGAAAAAACUAUGGCUGAGAGAGAUCAAGAAAUACAAAAUAUUAAAGAAAAAAUGAAUAAUGUUGAGGAUGAUGUGUUUGCCAGUUUUUGUGAACAAAUAGGUGUAUCUAACAUUCGUCAGUAUGAAGAAAGAGAAUUACGGUCGCAACAGGAAAGAGCAAAAAAGAGAAUGGAAUUUGAAAAUCAGUGUAAUCGUAUUCACAAUCAAUUAGAUUUUGAAAGACAACGUGACACAGAGAGUAAUGUUUUACGUUGGGAACGGGCAGUUCAAGAUGCAGAAGAUAAACUUGAAUCUGCACGACAAACUGAAUCCAAUCAGAAAGCAGAAAUAGAUCAUGACGAGACUCAAAUGGAACAAUUAAAAUCAGCACGAAAUGCAAAGAAAAUGGAAGUUGAUCAAAAGGAUGAUGAAAUAGGCAAAGCCAGGCGUGAGGUUGGAACAAUUGCGAAAGAUAUACAAGCUGGUCAAAAACAAUUGAAUGGUAUUGAAACGAAAAUUGAGCAGAAGAAAGCUGAACGUCAUGCUAUACUAAUGCAAUGUAAGAUGGAGGAUGUCGCAAUUCCAAUGCUUCACGGAAAUAUGGAAGAUAUUGCUAACGAAACAAGCACAAAUACCUCAGAAAUGAAUACUGAUACGUCUGUAAGUACUCAGCAACAAUAUGAGCGUGAGAAACGAAUUACAAUAGAUUAUGCCCUUCUUCCUGAAAAUUUAAAAGAUGUAGACGAAGACGAUAUUAAAAAAACUACUGACAAGUUAACAAAAACGAUUAACGAUUUACAAAGUACUAUUCAACGGAUUCAAGCUCCUAAUAUGAAGGCGAUACAGAAAUUGUAUCUCGCUAAAGAGAAAUUACAAGAGACUAAUGAAGAAUUCGAACAGUCUAGGAAAAAGGCAAAAAAAGCAAAAACGCAAUUCGAGAAAAUAAAAAAAGAGAGGCACGAUAGAUUCAUGACUUGCUUUGAGCAUGUGGCUAAUGAAAUCGAUCCAAUUUACAAGAGUUUAGCAAAAAAUCAAUCUGCCCAAGCAUUUCUUGGUCCAGAAAAUCCAGAGGAACCAUAUUUGGAUGGUAUUAAUUAUAACUGUGUUGCGCCAGGAAAACGAUUUCAACCAAUGUCUAAUUUAUCUGGAGGAGAAAAAACGGUUGCUGCGUUGGCUCUAUUGUUUGCAAUUCAUAGUUUUCAACCUGCACCAUUCUUUGUAUUGGAUGAAAUCGAUGCUGCAUUGGAUAAUACUAAUAUAGGAAAAGUUGCAAGUUAUAUACGUGAUAAGACAACCUCUUUACAGACUAUUGUUAUAUCUUUGAAGGAAGAAUUUUAUUCUCAUGCUGAUGCGUUAAUUGGUAUUUGCCCUGAUGUUGGCGAAUGUUUGGAAAGUAAAGUAUUGACUCUUGAUUUAUCAGUAUAUCCCAUGCACAUAAAUUAAUGAACAUAUUAUAGAUUUAAUAUUUAUAUUAUUU